AUGUGGCUCCUGGAGAAACUCCGUGGUUCUGGAGAGAGCAGUGGGCUGCAGUCCCAGCCUGCACAAGCAGCAGAGACCAUUCCUGUAUCGGUUUAUUCCAAUGUUCUUACUCCAGACAAGAUCCCUGAUUUCUUCAUCCCCCCCAAACUUAUUUGCUGCCCCCCUGAACCUGAGUCAUUAACCCCAGAACCGCAGCGCUGCUCUAGCUUGCGACCCUCUGCCUCUGACCAUGCCAUCUGCAGCCAAAGCCCCAGGGCUCGGAGCAGCAAGAACCCUUGCAGCCCACGUCUCUUUUCCCGCCUGGCAGGGGACACCCGCAACCUCCAGAAGUCAGCCAAUCGCCACAUCAUCCAGAUAGAAAGUGCUGAUGAGCCACGUGCCGGGCUUCUGGACAGGAAUAAUAUUGAGGUCAACACCAAUGCAGACCCCCAGUCACAGACUGCAAUGUCUCUGCCUUAUGUCCCAAAAGCCCAGACCUCGUAUGGCUUUUCCACCCUGGUGGAGUCGCCCCACACCCGACGCAAGGAAAGCCUCUUCCACAGUGAUCCCAGCAGCCCUCUCACCUCGCCUAACUCCCAGAGGCGCACACAAGGGGGGACUCACCUGGCCCCUGCUGAUCCCAAACCCUACCGCUAUUUCAGUGGCGGAGAGAGUGACACCUGCUCCUCAGCAGAGUCCUCCCCCUUCACCUCCCCUCUCCUGUCCCGUUCUGCUUCUCUCCUCCGCUCUAUUACCCAGGAAACACAAGCUAAGGUAUCUCGUGCCAAGCGCUCCCUGGCACGCCACAGUUCUCUCUCCACUGAUGAUUGCAGCUCCGCUGACAACAGCCCCAACAUGCAGCGCCGCCGCUUGCGCUGCCCUCCCUCCCCUGCUUUCCGUGGAUGUAAAAGCAGCAGCUCUAGGGGCGCAGGGCUGGAUCUACUGCAGCGUGAGCAUACCAUCAACCUCCACAAGGGGGGGACACUGAGACUGAGCACUCACUAUGAUAAAGAGGCCGCCCGGCUGCGUGUGCGUGUGCUGGCAGCUGAGGACCUCUAUGACAGACAGACAGACCUAAAAAGCAUUAAUUGCUGUGUGUCACUCUACCUGAAUCCUGGCAAACAGCAGAAACAGAGGAGUACCAUCAUCAAGAAUAGCAGGAAUCCUGUCUUCAACGAGGACUUCUUUUUUGACACGCUGCCCCAGGCACAGGUGAAGAGUCUGGCUAUGAAAAUAAAGGUGGUGAACAAAGGGACAAGUCUGAAGAGAGAUGUGCUGCUGGGAGAAAGGGAGGUCCUGCUCAGUGAGCUGCUCUCGGGCCUCUAG